AUGGAUGCAGAGGGAAUCAGGCCGCCUGUUGACGACUGUGUUGUCAGGUUGCUGACUCUUAGUGAUCGAAGUAAAGACGCCGAUAUCGAGUGUGUGGUACUGUUGCCUAAGAAAGCCGUGGCGAGUUUGACUUCGAAGAAAGUCAGUGAGGAAGCAUGCCUGAAAAGAUUUCACUGGCUCGAAAUCUGUAGUAGGUUUGUGGUGUAUGGUUCCCCUGAUCCGUUUAAUAUUCUGGGUGAAACUUUAGUUAUCCGAGAACUCAAAGAAUAUCUGGAGACGGUAGAUCCUGAGGACAACUUCCGCAACGUGUCUGAUGAGAUUUGCCUCGAGAGCGUGGGUCGUACAGUUGCUGAGUUGCAGAAGCUGUGCGAGUUCGAUAAUGACCCACUGCAAGUGACGGCUUGUAGACGUCUGAAUUUUGAGGAGUUAGAGGACCUUCUUGAAAGCGUGCCAGAAGACUGGGUGCCAGCACUGCAAAGGUCAGCUCUCCAAUGCGGCAUAUUUGAUGUUGAAAGCGGCUGGAGUUGCCGGUCGACACGGUGCGUACCAAACAAAAUGUGUGUAACGGUGUCCACCGGGGCCACCAUACUAAGUGGGAUAGCUAUUUGGGCAUUAUACAAUUGGUUAAAACCACGUAACUCAGAAGCGACCACACAUCCCAUAAAUGGGAUCUUCAAUAUGAGUCGCACAACCAGCGUGAAUGAGACCGCCACCACGCUGACCCCUUACGAGACGUUCAGCAUCAACCACACAGCCACCAAAAGCGACACUAUGAACAGCCUGUUGGGCUUGACUCAAGAACCUUCAUCAUUGCUUACUCAAGAACCUUCAUCAUUGCUUACUCAGAUGAGCAUCAGCACCCCUUCAGAUCAAGACAGGCAUAGCUCAAUAGACACAUUCACAAGUCUUACCUCGUCAGUCGCUGCGGACAUGACGAAGGAAACGACAAAGGUACUCCGGAAUGGGACGGAUUCCGGGUUCAGUGUCAAUGAUCCUGACCCCGUUCAGCACUGGAAUUAUCCGCCGAGAGGCGCUCUGAAUCUGGCCACGCCGGUGGUACACAACGACACCACCACGGAGCUUGUCACAGGCGCCGUCAAGGUCAGAACGAAUGCGACCACGCCGGUGGUACACAACGACACCACCACGGGGCUUGUCACAGGCGCCGUCAAGGUCAGAACGAAUGCGGCCACGCCGGUGGUGCACAACGACACCACCACGGGGCUUGUCACAGGCGCCAUCACGACCACACCGAAUGCAACCCCGUCGGGGGUACGCUACGACACCACUACGGAGCUUGCCAGCGGGAAGACACCCCCAGUGUAUACGAGCCCAUUCAAGACAAGGAUGAGCAGAGAGGCGUUGGACAGGAUUCAGCUCCCACGGUCGGAUUGCAAUGGUCUGUUCAACGCAAAAAGUUUUAUGAAGGACAAUUGGGCUCAGAUGGGUGAACCAGGAAUGCAAUAUCCAUGUGAAGGCGGUAGCGGAAUCCUGUUGUGCGGGGCGCAUGAGGAGAUACAAUACACCUGUCACGUUUUCGGCGCUCCAUGGAUGUGCGAUGCGUUUGGAGUGAGAGAUGCGGUGGGUGUUUAUUUGAAGGACAAUGGGAAUUGUGUUGUACGUUGCGACAGUGAAGAGGAAAUGGGGCGUAAUUUGUGGAAAGGGGCUUAUCGUAAUUUGUUGUACGUACCUUCAAAUGUGUUGAAUCGGCGGUCGGAUUUCGAUGCUAUAUUACCGAGGUUACACCCUCUAGACAAGAAGUGCUCUGGGUCAUGUGAAGGUGAUGGAUGCGAAAGAGAUAAUUUCAGCUUUAUUCGGGAUUGUCGUUGUGCCAUAUCUAAGGUUAAGUGUUUAAUAAAGCCGGAGGAAUACAAGUCUGCUCAGCCGAUUGAAUCGUUUGCUUAUCAUACAGACACACGAGAUGUAUUUAGAAACCUUUCUGCAUUUAACGCUAAGAAAAAAGGACAGUAUGAAGUUCGGGAAUGCAAAUAUGAAUGUCUUGGGCGAGAGCUCGGUGUGGAGGAAACAGAAGAUACCAGUCGCUUUAAGACAAGGAUUACUAGUGGUGAAUUAAACAGGCUUGCCCUUACACGAUACGAGUGCCGUAAAAUCUUCAGGAAAACGAAUUCCACAUACGAGUCGAUAAUACCGUCCGGACGUUAUCCAUGUGAAGGCUAUAGCGGGAUUAUGAAGUGCGGCGAACAAGAGUCGUGCCAUCAUUUUGGGGGCCCAUGGACCUUUGAUGCCUUCGCGGUACAGCACGCGAUUAGGUACCAUCAGAAGAAUGAUAAGGGCUGCAUCGCAUCGUGCCCUAACAUGAUGGAUAGGGUACGUGAUUUGUGGCAAGAGACCGACGAGAAUUUGCCGUACUUCACCGAAGGUAACGUGGGUCCUCAACUUGGUGUAUUCGAAGAUUUCCUGUCACAGUUAUAUCCUGUCAAUGACGAUUGCUCAUUCACCUGCACAAACUGCGACAGAAAAGACUUUGCUGACGUCAAGCAAUGUUUAUGUGCCCUUGCCAAUGUCAGCUGCCGUGUCCGACCCAAAGGAGAAAAGUUCUGGCAACGACUUGAAUCAGUUGGUUAUCAUACAAAUCCUGUAGAUAUCUUGAGAAGCCUUACAGUAUUCAACACAAAAGAGAAAGAAUAUGACGUUGAUAAUUGCCAGUAUAAAUGCCAUUUACGUCCCUUGAAAAGAAGGAGACAUCUAUAG